UGGAUUUCCCAUUCAACUCAGCGCUGCGGUUUCUCACACUUUUUGCAACAUUUCAGAGCUUUUUCACCACUAUUUCAGCCUGAUCUUUCGUAUUUACGCUCUCAAAGUGUUCAACUUUGUGUUAACUUUGGUUUCAGACCCGUAAACUUGACAAAACGUGACAUUUUCCGCGUUUUUAAGAAGCUUUUCUCCAAAUCUGCGCUGCUCUUGGUUCAUUCAAAUCUUUUCCGCUCACGUAAAGUCUUAUAUUCAUUUAUUUUUACACGUUUAUCAUUUUUUACGACUAAAAUCAUGAGUAAAAACAAAUUAUUGAACAUUAAAGACAAAAUAGAAGGAAACGAAGUGGAUUUGAGCCUGUGUAACCUGACGGAGGUGCCCGUGCGGGAACUGGCUGCCGUCUCUAAAGUCACAGUUGUGGAUUUGUCCUGCAACAACCUGAGCAUGUUAACACCGGACUUCUGUGGCCUGGUUCAUCUGGUGAAGUUGGACCUGAACAAAAACCAUCUGGAGUCUCUUCCUGAAGACUUCGGGAACCUGGUGAAUCUGCAGCACCUGGACCUGCUGGGAAACAGACUGACGGAGCUGCCGGUCAGCUUCUCCCAACUCAGGAGCCUGAAGUGGUUGGACCUGAAGGACAAUCCUCUGGAGGCGGGUUUGGCCAAAGCAGCAGGAGACUGUCUGGACGAGAGGCAGUGCAAGCAGUGCGCCGCUAGAGUUCUGCAGCACAUGAGAGGACUUCAGGAGGAAGUGGAGAAGAUCAGACAGAAAAAACUACAGAGAGAGAAAGAUCUGGAGAGGAAGCGCGAGGCGAAGCAGCGGGAGCGAGAGGCGAGGGAGAAGGAGGUGAAGAAGAGGGAAAAGGCCGAGGAGAAGGAGCGACGCAGAGCCGAGUAUCAGCAGCAGGUGGCGGCGCAGGCGGCGCAGGAGCAGCAGAAGAAGAAACAGGAGGAGAAGAAGAAGAAGAACGGGAAGGCUCCAGCAGAUAAAAAGGCCUCCUCAGAUGUUCCUGUGAAGCCCAGACGCUCGGUUCUGCGGCUCCUCCUGAAGCUGCUGCUGGUGGCGUUGGUGGGUUUGGCGUCCACGGCGGCGGCGUGCGUCCUCACCGAGCUCCGGGAGCUGCCCGCCUGUCGACACCUCGGCCUUUUACUCCACCACAGUCUGACCUGGGCCACAGAGCAGAAGGUCCUGCUCCAAGAUCUGCUCCUGAACCUGUCCUCCAGCGCCAAAGAGCUCCUGGAGUCCACGCAGCAGCAGCUCACAGACAAAAACUAAACACAAGUCUGCAGAAAGCUUUUAUUUUUUUAAUCGACCUGAUUUCCCAAACACUGCAAAAAUAAUUCUACACGACGUGAAAAACCGCGCGACUCUGUCCUCUGGUCUGUGCUCCACCGUGUUUUUAAACUCCACACACCUCCACUAGAAUCAUCUGGAUCGUGUCAGUCGUGGAGUUGCCAUGAAACCUCAUGACAUCACAAAGUGGAGCAGAGAUCAGGAAACAGAGUCGUCUUUCCGUUAAAUGGUUUUAUAUUUGUGAAUAAUCAUCAUAAGAAUCAUCUCGAUCUGCAGCUGAGAAAAGUCCACGUCCGAGUGAAGUGAAGGUCCAUUAGAAGAGUUUCCCGUUUUUCCCACAGACGUAAACAAUCGUAACGAACGUCCACAAAAACGUUUAGAACAAGACUCAGGCUCCGUUCAGACUGCAGGGUUUAACGCUCAGUUCAGAUUUUUUUGUGAAAUCCGAUGUUUUUACAAAGUCGUUCACAUUUCCAGUUAAAUGUGACUUGUGUGUGUCUCCAGUGUGAACAUUAAACGGUCCAAAAGUGUCCCACAUGUGACACUGGAGACACGACGACGUCAACCGCAGCGAGCGUCUCUGUGUUUACUGAAGUUGUCCAAACAUGGACGCAGCAUCGAGCACCUGGAGAUUUUAAAGUUCCUCUCGUACCGGAGCCAGAACAUGAACAACUGACUUGUUUUAAGGAGGAGAUUGAGAAGGAGAAGGAGCAGGUUUUUGGUGGUGGUGUUUUGUGGUGAGUGGAGAUGUGCUUCACUUCAGUCACAUGGAUCAUGAACAGUUUUCUCUGACUUCAGCGCAGAAUAGUGACGUUUGUGUCUUGUUGAUGACGUGUAGGUGGAUGAAUGUGACCUGACCGUUCACACUGAAGUCACAUGUUAAAAGAUCAGAUAUGGAUCAGUUUCAGGAGCACAGAUCCAAGUGUCCUGGUCACAUGUGAAAACAUCAGAUCUGUGUGGUUCAGACAUUAAAAGAUCAGAUACAGGAACAUAGAGACAAAAAAUCAGAUUUGGGUCACUUCAGGUGCAUCUGAACGCAGCCUUAGUCUCUGUUCCGUCUGCACCUGAAGUGACACAAAUCUGAUUUUGUCCCUCUGCUCGUGUGUCUGAUCUUUUAACGACUGAACCUCACAGAUCUGAUGUGUUCAAGUGUGACUCAGGACACUUGGAUCUGUCCUAAAACCCAAACAGAUCUGAUCUUUAACAUGUGCAGUGUUGGGAAGGUGACUUUUAAAAUGUAAUCCCCUACAGAUUACAGAUUACAGACCCCAAAAUAUAGUUUGUAACGUAAUCCAUUAAAUUACUUAAAGUGAGUAAUGUAAUCUGAAUACUUUGGAUUACUUGAUAUUGUCCUGCUUUUUAAAACUACAUGAAUGUAUCAACAACAUCCUGAAAAUUCUUGUUUGUUUUCUUCAAAUUGUCUGUUGAGUCCAAGUCUCCAUGAACAGACUUUUGUUUUACUGAAGAGAAACAAAGACGAGGAUCUGAACAUGAGAAGUUUUAUCUGAUAAAAGAAAAUAAAAAGCCCAGACUUUACUUAAACAUAUUAAAAAUAUUAUUGAUAGAAAAAUGAUUUUUAUAUGAAAUCACUGCUGCUUUAAAUUAUGUCCAACUACUGUUAGUGUCAUAUUGUCUAGUCCUGGUUUAUUGGUUCCUGGUUUAGUCCUGGUUUAGUCCUGGUUUAGUCCUGGUUUAGCCCAAAAUGUGAAAAUAGGAAAAUCCCGCCGUGUAAUCCAUUUAUUUCAACAAAGUAACUGUAAUCCGAUUACCACUCACUGAAACAGUAACUGUAACUGAAUACAGUUACUCAUAAAUUGUACUCUGAUUAUGUAAUCCCAGUUACAUGUAAUCUGUUACUCCCGACACUGAACGUGUGACUUGAGUCUGAACGUCCAGGUCACGUUCAUCCACCUGCACGUGUCACAAAUGUUCUUCUUCUUCUCGUCCUGAAAACAAAUCCUCUGUUCAUGUUCUGCCUCCGGUUCCACAGCAGCUUUAAAAUCUCCAGCUGCUCGAGGCUGCGUCAGGUUUAGGCGACGUCUCUGCGUGUGACGUGGUCGUGUCCCGUGCACACGUGACACUUUUGGGGCGUUUAAAGUUCACACUGGAGACACACACGAGGAGCGUUUCACUGUAAGUGUGAACGAGCUCACAACAAAAAUCACAUUUCACAAAAAAAAUCUGUAUUGAACAUUAAACCCUGCAGACUGAACAUGGACUUAGUGUUUUAUAAAGUUUAAGAACCAGAUGUAAAGUCUUAGGGCGAGUUGUACGAGGCUCCGCCCACGAGGCGACGUCACCCACACGAACAUCCUCCAUAAAAACACAAAAACACAAACCUGCACAGUGACUGGACAAACCUGAUGUGACGUGCACGAGUUUCAUUCGUCUUUUCGUUGUUGUAAUCGCGCUCUGAAGGGGGAGUGACUCAGCACAGGGAGCUGAACAUGUGACGUGUUACAGUGACUCACAGAAUCAGAUCCUCUUUACCCUGAGAGAAACGAAAGCGUAAAACUUUUUUUUUUUCUCGGGUUGUUUCCGUGGAGACGAGUCAGAUCCGUGUCAAAGUCGUGUGGACGUAUUUUUGCAGUGUGUGUUUGAGGUUGUCAUGGAGACGGAGGGAUGAUCAGAAAUUCCUAUGGAAUUGUGGCUCAGUGUUUUUAUAAAAUGGUGUUUAAAGGGGCAGUUUGUGUUUUUGUCCAGCAGGGGGAGGAGAGAGCAGCCGUCACCAAACCCACCGCACAGACUUUUAUAAACUCACAGAUUCUCCUCUAAAUGUCGGGAAGAAUAUUAAAGACGCACUGAGUCACUUUUCUGGAGGACGUCCAGCUGCCUGUCGCCAUGGAGAUGUUAUUGUUAUUCCUGGAAUGUCCCAUGGACGACGAGCAAGACACUUCUGUCUUAUGUGUAAGUGUUUUGUCUCCUGCUCGUCUCCAGGGGGACGAUGUGUUUAAAGCCAUAAUGUGGAAUAUUCAAAGCACCAACGUUUCCCUGGAGACGAACCUGUGGCCGACCCUCCACCAGGAAAGUUACACAGUGCAGCUUUAAAUCUCCACCAGGACUCAGAAUCCAAACACAAACACAAAAUCUGCUCUGACGUCUGGACUUGUGCUUUUGGCUCAGCUUUAAUCUCAAUAAACGUCUAUGCACAACAACAAA